CCGUUCAAUCAUUUCUUACCCUCAGUACGGUUAGAUAACUUUGGAUAACUUCUGGAUAUUUCAAUUUGAUUCCGCGUCAACCGUUGAUUCUUCGCUCAAAUUAAUCGCACUUGCUAACCUAAUUUCUUAUUCAUAUAUCUACAUACCCUAAGCCCUGAUCUUUCAGAAUAAAUUUAGGCGAAAACAAAUCUCUGUAAAGAUAUGCAUGACUUCUACUCAAUUCGUCCUGUUAACAUAUAAAUUGCCGUUUAACGGAACAAUCAGUUCAGGAAAUUCAAUUCAAUUUCCUAAGAAACUCUUUAGUGUUUGAGAUACAGCCGCUGAAAAGAUGUGAGGGCAAAGUGGGGAGAGAAAAGUGUAACGGGGUCGCGGGAAUUGAGGGGGAUGAGUCGGGGUGGCAGGGACGAGGGAUGGAAAAGGAUUUUCGCGAAGAGAGAGAGUGAGAGAGAGAGAGAGAGAGAGAGAGAGAGAGAGAGAGAGAGAGAGAGAGAGAGGAAGUCCCUAGGUAUAUAGCUGUGAGGGUUUAUCUGCGCGGGCGCGCGUCCGGCGCAAGCUCCUCAUGCAGCAUCCUCGUCAGUUGCAAGUCAGAGAAAUAGAGGCGAGGCUGUGUCUGCGUACGCUGGAUUUCUUUUGUACCCCAUAAAGGGUGAAAAAACCCCCGUUAUUUGAAAGUUUUCCGGUGUAGAUUAAUCACGUUUAUUGUCCAGCGAGGAUUUUGUCCGGGCCGCGGCUUCGAUUGAUUAAAUUUUUUUUCUGUGAUAAUGUGUUUUACCUAAUAUCAUACAUUUGAAUACAUAUGUAUUGAUGUUUUCGCACAAGUCAUUCGCGAUGUUACCGUUAAGUGUGGUGGAAAGUAAUAGCGGUAGGAAUUUUCGACGACUCCUGUUCCUCGUCGUUGUUUUCACCGCUGGGGGGGCAAUGGGACUCCGAGACGUGCGUAUCACUGUACCGGCCAUGGUUCGGUCCCGAGAUUCAGCACUCCUCACCUGUGACUACGAUUUGGAGGCCGCAGAUCUGUACUCCAUAAGAUGGUAUCUUGGGGACGAAGAGUUUUAUCGAUUUGUACCCCAAGAAGCUCCUCCGCAAGCAAUAUUCUCCGUUCGUGAUAUGCAGGUUGAUAGACAACACUCAAACAUGAAGGACGUGACAUUGGUGAACGUGUCUAGAAACCUGACUGGAACCUACAAAUGCGAGAUUUCGGCCGAUGCCCCGUCAUUUCACACCCUGAUAGAAGAAGCGCAGAUGAAGGUUGUAGAUGUCCCGGAAGCGGAUCCGUGGAUUGAGCCAGAGAAACAACGUUUACCGGCGGGUGAAACUCUUCGGGCGAAUUGCACGUCAGGCGCUUCGAAUCCCGCCCCCACCAUUACGUGGGCGCUCAACGGAGAUCCUUUGAAUCGAACAAAUCUUGCGUUCAAAACGUGGCCACGGUUCUUGGGGCAAGGUGACAUCAAAGCCACACAAUCUACUCUCGAACUCAAGACGACCGCGGAACUUUUCAAGGAAGGAAAACUCGUGCUUCGAUGUUUUGCAGCAAUACCGACUGUUUAUACGGCUUCCGCUGAGUUAGUUGUCGCUGAAGACACACCGCUCAUUGCAUCAAUCACCGGCAACGCUUCGCCACACUUACGCCAAUCAAGUGGAUCCCGUCCGAACUCUUUAUUAGAGAUUGGCGUCCUCAUGUUAUCCUUGGCAGCAGCCGCAACCUGGAGCAGAUAGCUCUUUUACAAAAAGGGCAUCGAUUCCUCUCACUGACCCGAACACGUCGUCCAUGUCAACCUAGUAGCUAGGGCUUCCAGUUAUGUAUGUUACUAUGUAUCAUGUAGAUAGGUGGAUAAUUUUUAUUGAAGUGACAAGUAAUAAUACACAAACUAUAUACAGUUACUUUUGAACAUGUUAUCUUUUGAUGUAAAUUGUUGAUAAUAAAAUGCGUUGAUCUAUGCAUUUUAA